AUGCAGAUUUUCGUCAAGACCCUGACGGGCAAGACCAUCACCCUCGAGGUCGAGUCCAGCGACACCAUUGACAAUGUCAAGUCCAAGAUCCAGGACAAGGAGGGCAUCCCCCCUGACCAGCAGCGCCUGAUCUUCGCCGGAAAGCAGCUCGAGGACGGCCGCACCCUGUCCGACUACAACAUCCAGAAGGAGUCCACCCUCCACCUGGUCCUCCGCCUCCGUGGUGGUAUGGCCAAGAAGCGCAAGAAGAAGGUCUACACCACCCCCAAGAAGAUCAAGCACAAGCGCAAGAAGAACAAGCUGGCUGUGCUCAAGUACUACAAGGUCGGCAACGACGGCAGCAUUGAGCGCCUCCGCCGCGAGUGCCCCGCUGACACUUGCGGCGCUGGUGUCUUCAUGGCUUCCAUGCCCGACCGCCAGUACUGUGGCCGCUGCCACCUCACCUACAUCGUCGACAAGCAAUAG